UAUCAGUUCAAGAGGACCAAUUGCAGGUAUCAUCAUGUCUUACUUCACAAUUGGCUCUACAGGAUUUGUGGGCUCUUACUUUUUGGCAAAAGCUUUGGAAUCUCCAGCGGUUAGCAAAGUUUUCAGCUUGACUAGGAAAGAUUUUGAAACGAACGGAGAUAAGCUAACUAAACUAGUUUUCAAAAACCCUGAGGAAUGGAGUGAUAUCAUCAAGGAGUCCAAAGAUGUUCCAGAUCACUCGACAUUUUUUUCGGCAUUUGGCACUACACGCAAAAUUGCAGGAUCUGCUGAAAAUUUCGUCAAAAUUGACCAUGGUAUAAACUACAGUUGUUUCAAGGCGGCUAAGGAGUCAGGUAAAUACGACACCGCCAUAAUCGUGUCGUCUUUGAGCGCAAACAAAGACUCCUUUCUUUUAUAUUUGAAGACCAAGGGUCAGUUAGAACAAGACAUUAUUGACUUGAAAUUCAAGAGAACCAUCAUUUUAAGACCAGGAUUUUUGAUGGGGCAACGUAAAACCUCUGUGGACAUGAACGGUCAAAUAGGGAGCUUUAUUGGAAAACUCACCAGAGAUACAAUGUUCAGUGGUUUGGCUGGUCACCCAGUUUACGCUGAGGAGGUUGCCAAGUGUGCCUUGAAGAUGAGUCUCGAGCCUAUUGGCGAAGCUGGGGAGGUCAUUAUCAUCGAUAGCAAGACAAUCAUAGAUUUGGCGAAAUAGGGAACUUCCAAUCUAGUUGGAAUGCUUUAACGUAGUAAUGUUUAAUGGCUUGUUCUUAUAGUUUAUUAAUAAGUAUAUUGAUAUGUUUUAUCUACUUUUAUAUAACAUAAUAUGGUAAUUUAUUAUACGCUAUUC